AAAACGUCGUCUUUAUGAACGAGAAGUGUAAAGAUUAGUUUCGGCGUCUGUAUGCAUGAACAUACAUACAGUGCCUUGACGGAAGAGUGUGAAUAAUUCCGUGUUACAGAACUGACAUACAUAAUUUCAGGAUCGCGACGCAUAAUUUCGUCGCCAUUGUGUUUGACCAGAAGAAAACGAGGCACCAUACGGAGAAAAAUGUCAAAAAUCGAGGAGGCGAACGAACAUAUAAGGCAGGCUGAAAAAGCCUUAAAGCCUACUCUUUUGAAAUGGCGACCUGAUUACGAAGUAGCAGCUGAAGAGUACUCACAUGCAGCAACAUGCUUUCGAAUAGCCAAGUCAUAUGCACAAUGUAAAGAAUGUUUGGUGAAAGCAGCUAAUUGUUACAAACAAACCAAAGCAUGGUUCCAUGCAGCAAAGAGCAUUGAACAAGCUCUGCUCAUCUGCAGAGAAAUGGGGGAUCUUUCAGAGGUAUCGAAACUAGCUCAUAGUGCCUGCACCCUUUUUCAGCAACAUGGUUCUCCUGAAUCUGGCGUAACCGCCCUUGACAAGGCUGCCAAGAUGCUAGAAGCUACACAGCCUCAGCAGGCUCUAGAACUGUUUAAACGUGCAGCUGAUAUAAUCAUGGGCGAAGAUAGUCCGCGGCACGCAGCGGAAUAUAUGAGUAAAGCUGCGAGAUUACUGGUGAAGCUGCAAAUGUAUGAUGAGGCGGCGGAUGCGAUACGUCGCGAAAUUGGCAUGUAUCAAGAAAUAAAACUCUGGCAAUCACUUGGGAGACUCACUGUAGCCCUGGUACUCGUGCAAUUGGCGCGGGGUGAUCAAGUGGCGGCCGAAAAGGCCUUCAAAGAAUGGGGGAAUUACUGCGAACCUCCCGAAGUACAAACAUUGGAGAUGUUGCUGCAGGCCUAUGACAAUGAGGAUGCAAACGCAGCUCGGGCAGCCCUUAAUAGCCCUUUUAUCAAACACAUGGAUGUAGAAUAUGCUAAACUAGCGCGAGGAUUGCCCUUGCCGCAACAAGAAUAUGCAGUUCCGCCAGCUGGAAUAAGGGCUAACGCCGCGGAAUCCUACGUUUCUCCCAACGUGUCCAAACCCACUGAACAAGCUACCAUCGAAGCAGAAGUUAAUGAAAAGAAUGAUGUCGAUGUAACUAGUCAGUCAACGAAAGAAGUGGCUGAAAAGAAAUCGGAAGUUGCACCACCGCCACAAUCGAAACCGGCGCAAAAAGAGGAAGAGGCAGAAGACGAAUAUGAAGGAGGCCUGUGUUAAUUGUCUUUAGAUGUAAAAAAUCCUCUAUUGCUUGAGUAAACUGUUAAAUGUAA